CUACCUACUGCUGUCGGCCAUGUUGGCUCUGCUCUUCUUCCUCAGCUCCUUCUGGCUACCUCAGGGCGGAGUCAGAGACUGUGGCAGCGUCUGGCAGCCAUGUUUGAGUUUUUACCGCCAACAGGUGAAAACUACACACACACAUCUGUGCGUCUUACUUUAACAUCUUGAAAUAUUUGUAUUUUUGUACCUUGAACCAGACGUUUCCUUUGUUGUCACUUUUUCCAGCAUCAUCUUCACCGUGAACAGAGAUACAAGUGCUCAGAUGAACUCGUUACUUCAUUUACAUAAACAGAAACCUGAGGCUCAGCUGGCCCCUGAGGGCUGGGCGGAGCCUGCCGGAGCCCCGCCCCUCCUCCAGGAGUGUCCUGGCCAAUCGUUUCAGGCCCGCCAUCUGCUGCAGUAUUUAAAGUCCAGCCUCACCGACGCCGACGACGUCCUGCUGGAGCCGUACCUGCAGAGCUGGGAUCAGCUGCUCAAUUUCAUGGAGUCUCUCGGGACGAUGGUCAGCUUCUUCUCUCAGAAGGUGAAGGAAAAGGUCGUUCUGAUACGAGAGCUGUCGCUCAAACACGGCACUGAGGCUCAUGGGAAACGAGGUCCACGUGACCACUCUGGACUACAAACUCCAGAGUCAUUUGGACUGAAAACUGGGGCUUAUCGCUCGGUCCGAUCCAUGGUGGAGGCGGAGCUAAAGGCGGGCACGGUCGACUUCUCCCGCCGCACAGAUUCUGGCUGCCGGACGCUGCUGCGGCUGCAUCGAUCUCUGCUGUGGUUGAAGCUGAUGUUGGAGGGUUUAGCUGAAGGACCGGACGCAGACGGACGAUACAAAACACCUGGAGAGCUGAGCAGAGACGCCUACAAGGUGGCGUUGGCGCCGCACCACCCCUGGCUGCUCCGUCAGGCCGCAGAGUUCGUCUUCCACGCUCUCCCGGACAGACGCUUCUUCCUGCAGCUGGUGUGCGUGCAGAGCCAGCGAGAGGCGGCGCCCGUCCUGCGCGUCAUCAUCCACGCCCUGACGCUCGUCCACGCACAAACUCAGAGGAUCCUGGCCGAGCACGACAUGCUGGAACUGCCCUGACGACGCACCUCGACACCCAACAUUCAAAGCGCUGCCCGCACACUCCACAGAUGCUCUGCGGCUCCUCCACGUGACUCCAGGCAUGUUUGAUCAGACUUCCCAGAAUCCUGUAGGACACGCCGCAGACUCUACACGGCGUCUUACUGCUCACGACCACCUUC